UCUUCACGCUGAAAGUACUGCAAUAGGUUGUUGGCGUUGCGCAGUGUAUUUGGGCGUACAGCUAUCUUGUGUUUAAGUAAAUCGUAUUUCUUUCGCCAUGGCUGAUGCGGAACAGAAAGGAAUGCAGCUCAUGGCUGAAGCAGAGAAAAAAUUAAGUUCUUCGAAAGGGUUUUUCAGCUCCCUUCUCGGAGGAGGGGGCAGCAAAGUUGAUGAGGCAAUUGAGCUUUAUUUGCAAGCUGCUAAUAAGUUCAAGAUGGCCAAGCAGUGGGGGAAGGCUGGAGGAGCAUUCACUGAGGCUGCCACUCACUACCAGAAGAAUGAUAGCAAGCUUGAUGCCGCAACCAACUUUGUUGAAGCUGGAAAUUGUUACAAGAAAUCAGAUCCCCACCAGGCUGUCAGUAGUCUUCUGAAGGCAAUUGAGAUCUACACAGACAUGGGCAAGUUCACCAUGGCUGCCAAGCAUCAUCAAACAAUUGCAGAAAUUUAUGAGACUGAGAUUGCUGACAUAGAGAAAGCCAUUCAGCACUAUGAGCAGGCCUCCGAUUUCUUUAGGGGUGAAGAGAACAACUCAUCUGCCAACAAAUGCCAGCUCAAAGUAGCCAUGUUUGCUGCUGAGAUGGAAAAUUAUAAGAAAGCCAUCAAUAUCUAUGAGCAGGUUGGUGAUAAUGCACUUGGAAGCUCGCUGCUGAAGUACAGUGCUAAGGAAUAUUUCUUCCGUGCCUCCAUUUGUUAUUUAUGCUAUGACGUCACCGACGCCGAAUCUGCUCUCCGUCGUUAUGAAGAGAAGUAUCCAGCCUUCCAGGACUCAAGGGAGUGCAAGCUCAUCAAGACUUUGCUGGGACAUCUUCAAGAAAGCAACAUUGAUGGCUUCACUGAGGCAGUUUCCGAGUACGAUUCCAUCAGUCGCCUGGAUCAGUGGUACACCAAACUGCUGCUGCGAGUCAAGAAAACGAUCUCGGCCGAUGAUCUCUGUUAAGAGCUUAGGCUGGCAGUCUGCUCAGCAGAGUCCCGGCUACGGAUAGCACCGCAGAGUAUCAAGUACAGGCAUCGCAUAAUCAACACCAAGAGUAAUGCGUUAAUGUCUUGAUAACUUGAGUGAGUUCUUGGUGAUUAUAUACAUCUUAUAUCAUCGCAUUUAGUCGUUAUUAAUGCAGAUCUCUAUCAGAUUAUUGUUAUAAGCUGAGCUGUACUAUUGGUCCUAUUUGAUUCUAGGUCAUUAUGCUGCAGUAACUAGCAAUAGGUAACCAAGGUUAUUUUUCACAUUGAGGAUUUUUUCUGAUAACCAUCCAUGGUUUCAUAAUUUUCAAAAUAGAACUUAAAGGCAAAUUUAUGAAUAAGCUGGAGUUUCCCAGGAAAUUUUUGGCACAAUUGUAUGAUAACGUCAUUAUGAGAGUACCGAAAAAAUUUCACUUCUCUAACAUAGCGAACAUUUUCUGCAUGUCACUGUUCCGCAUGCCUCUUCAAGUAUUUAAUGGAAUGAUUUCGUUCCUUCGGCUUGAUCUUUUUUCUAUUCAAGUUUUGAAGGUUUUCAGCUGAAAAACAUUAGUGUGUUAAACUAUUGGCCAAUAGUUAAGCCGUCUUAUGAGAAUAUUGAAGUCAUUGCAACUAAAAACAGAAACUCGCGCUGCAAAGAUUGAUAAAUUUUGCAAAAAAUGUUUUGUUGACUAUAGAAACAACCAUGGAUCUCGCUGUGGUUAAGGUUGAGGUGGCUGUGGUGUGGUUAAGGUGGCAAAUCGACUUCUGUUGAUUCUUUGGGGUGCGAUGUUAGCGUUUACUUAGUCAAAACAAUUGUAUUUUUUACUAUAUAUUUCAAUAUUUAUCAGGUGAUGAAUAUUAUUUUAUUCAUUGUGCUAACCUUAUUUCUCUCAAGCCAUGCAGGCAAAAUUCUUAGUUUCUAGGAUUGCAAAAAAUUUACGUUACUGUUGUCGUACCGACAUCGUUCUACAUCAUUCCUAUUUCUGGAUUAGGCAGAAGUAAUGAAAUUUUUUAGCAAUCUAUGUUACCUCACCGUUAGUGUAUUAUGUUAAGGCAUAUUAGAUUUUUUAAACCGUUAAGUGUGGUUUGUUGAUAUGUUUGUGUGUUAACUUUUAUUGUAAUCGAGUUUUUAUUCAAAAUAUGAGUUUACCUUAAGCACUUAAGCAAGAAUUUGUAAGUUCGUCGUUUGUUAUUUUGAUCUUGAUGAUGCGCCAUGGAAUGAGUCACCCGAGUUAUCAUCCUUAUUCCCGAUCAUUUUACAACUUCUAAAUUACUUUUCUUGUGGUAACCAGGCUAUCUCUGAAUCUGAUUCCAUUUUACAUCCAGUUCAGCGAUGCAUCGUUUCAAGACUGAAUUAUUUUGACGUCCUUAUUUUAGUCAAAGAAGAUUGUUUGAUAUUAAGUUUUUGUAAAUAACCGUUCAAGUAUUUGCUGUCGAGCUCUCCUCUCACUUUGACGUCUCUAGCUAGUCUCCACUUGUUCUCACCGUUAAAAGUAGCCGCAUAGUCAGUAGAGGCUGAACGCUUGUAUGCCAUGAAAUUUAGAUGUAAUGUCUAGUCUUCAAUUUACGCUCGCGACACACAGAGUCUCGCAGGAUAUGGCAGCUUCAAUGAUAAUGUCUUGUGAAAUCUCUGAUUAUUCACCAUAAUUAGCACUUGCAUUUCAUCGGAAAUUUUGAACUUGGUCAUAAAUUUUUUCUUUCAAGUAUGAAGAUUGAUUCUAAAGCUUUAAAUCAUGCACAAUCGGAUGGAAAUUGUACGUACAGCUGCAAUCAGUAAAAUAAGCUGCGAACGUUCGCUUAGCUCGUUCUGUAAAUAGGAAGUUUCCAUGUUUACUGAAUAAAUCCUUAUCUCCGAAC